AUAUUUUAAAACCUCCCUCCACGGCCCCUCUCCCACCACCACUCCCCCACCGGAGCCGCCAGCAGCCAUCCAACUCCUCCCCGUCUCUCCUCCCCUUUUCUUCUCCACGCAAGCGCAAAAGAGGCAUCGUCACCAAAUUGGGCAAGAUUCUCUCUUUCCCGCACGCAACCAAUCGCCAGCCAGCCAGCCAGCCAGCGUCACUCCUUCUCCUGCGGCUGUCAUACAAGGAGAAGAGGCUCCAGUGAUUUUGCGGUUCUUGGGAGCUCCGAGCGCCUGAGCUGGCCUGCGUCGUUGGAGCCUAGGUUCUUGGAUUGGCCGGCGAGCGAGCGAGCUUGCUUGCCGAGAUGCUGUCUGUGAGCUCGCCGAGGAUGCACAUGAGCCGGAACGCCGUGGAUUUGGGCCUGCUGGCCGCCUGCCGCUGCCGCCGCUGGGCCGCGCGCCCGGCGCCCAGGCGGCGCGCGCCAUGUGUUUGUUUCGUGGCCGCACCCAGCCAGACAGGUCUCGCGGCGAUCGACGUGCCGGCGGCAGAGACCAUCGCUAGCGCGGCGGCCGGGACGGCGAGGCUCCCCGAGCGCGUGUCCAUCGCUUCGCUCUUGGAUGUCGUCUCCGACGACCUGCUCAAGCUCAACAACAACCUCAAAUCGCUUAUUGGUGCAGAAAAUCCAGUUUUAGUAUCUGCCGCAGAACAAAUUUUUGGUGCUGGUGGAAAGAGAUUAAGACCAGCAUUGGUUUUUCUGGUGUCCAGAGCAACAGCGGAAGUAGCUGGCUUAUCGGAGCUAACUACAGAACAUAAACGCUUGGCAGAGAUCAUAGAAAUGAUUCACACUGCGAGUUUAAUACAUGAUGAUGUCAUAGAUGAUAGUGGAAUGCGCAGAGGGAAAGAAACCAUUCAUCAGCUAUAUGGAACACGGAUAGCCGUGCUUGCUGGCGAUUUCAUGUUUGCACAAUCUUCUUGGUUUCUCGCAAACCUAGAGAACAUUGAGGUUAUAAAGCUCAUCAGCCAGGUGAUCAAGGACUUUGCUAGCGGGGAGAUAAAGCAGCAAUCGACCCUGUUCGACUGCGACGUCACCCUGGACGACUACCUGCUCAAGAGCUACUACAAGACAGCCUCCCUGCUCGCUUCAAGCACGAGGUCCGCGGCCAUAUUCAGCGGGGUGAGCACCGCCGUGUGCGAGCAGAUGUACGAGUACGGCAGGAAUCUGGGGCUGUCGUUCCAGGUGGUGGACGACAUCCUCGACUUCACGCAGUCGGCGGAGCAGCUGGGCAAGCCGGCGGGUAGCGACCUGGCCAAGGGGAACCUGACGGCCCCGGUCAUCUUCGCGCUGCAGGAGUCGCCAGAGCUGAGGGAGAUCAUCGACUCCGAGUUCUGCGACACCGGCUCGCUGUCGGCGGCCAUGGAGCUGGUGCACAGGAGCGGCGGGAUCCGGCGGGCGCAGGAGCUGGCCAAGGAGAAGGGCGACCUGGCGCUCCAGAACCUGCAGUGCCUCCCCAGGAGCCAUUUCAGGACCGCCCUCGAGAACAUGGUGAAGUACAACCUUGAGAGGAUCGACUAGACGGACGGAUCAUUCAGUUGGUCUGUCUGAAGAUGAGAUGCACCUGCAGGUGGGCCCAGAUUAGCUUGUACUGAAAUCCUGCUUGCCAGUAUCAUGUCGAUUUCUCGGAGAUGGUCGGCGCGACAGCGUCACGAAAAACGUCGUCUAUUUUUGCAUAUCGUGUAAGUGCAAGGUAAAUAUAUCCACUGUAUAUGCGAAAGAUGGAGCUGUUCUUUUAAUUAGUAGUAUAACAUAAGAUAGCCGUAGUUAUUUUUUUUCUUCCGAUGAAAAGGAAAAACAUGUAAUUCCGUUUAUUUACAGUCGGAAGUAUGAACAUGAGUUAACAUCAUGCCCUGUAAAA